AUGAAAUCAAAAGAAAUUCAAAAGAAGGAAGAAAAUCUUUAUAAAGAAUUUCUUUCAAAAAUAAAUAAAGGUGCCUAUUUAUAUCAAUAUUCUGGUUUGUGGGCACUUGGAUUAGAUUUAUUGCCAAUUAGGGCUGGGAGAUUAAUUAAUUUAUUUGUUUAUAGAGGAUGUACAUGUGCUUUACAAGCUAGGUUUACAACACCUCUUUCAAUUGUAAAACCAUUUAAACAAGAUAUACUUAAUUUAACACAAGAAAAGCAAUGUAAAAAACGGUUUACAAAUCAAACAUUUAAUUUGGGCAAAAUUAAACAAAGAUUUAUUAUUUUUGCUUUAAUGCCUGAUAAAAAUGCAAAAUACAUAAAAUUAAAUUUUAAAAUUGAUAAAUUAUUAUUAAAUAUUUAUAUAACUAAUUAUUCAAUUAAUUUUGAUGUUAAAAAUUUCAAAGGUUCCUGGAUUAAACAUACACUUCCAAGUAAUUAUAAAAUUGGAGAAAAAAUAUUCUUUAGCUAUGGAGAUAAUAUAUAUUUUAAUAUAAUUUUACAACCAUAUUAUUUUUGGAUUUCAACUGAAAAUGAUAAACAUUUUUUGUCCGUAAAUUCUUUUUGGCCGAGCGAUUGGUUUAAUGAAAAAAUAUUUAAUGAAAAUACUAAAGGAACUGUACAUAUUUCUGGUGAUUUAGUUCCGAUAUCAAUGAUUAGUGUUGGACAUUUAGUUGGAAGAAAUCGCCUUCAUAGACCUUCCAAUCAGCUUUACCCAGCACCUGUAAGAAACACGCCUUUUAUAAAUACAUUGAAAAAUGCUGAAAUUCAAAACGGAACAAGAAUAAUAAUUCGAGGAUUUAUUUUAAGAAAUUCAAAAAUUAAUAAAAUGGAAGUUGCUUUGCUUCAUGAAGUAAUGGAAUUAACUGAUAAAUGUAAUAAUUUAAUAAUUAAUUUAGAAAUAUUUCGAAAUUUAGUGGGUGCUUUGGUAUUAUUAGUUGAAAUUAAUUUUACUGAACAAAAAUUAUUAAUCAAAUCUAAUUAUGUAAGUUAA